CAUGGGAAACAAAUUAAAGAAUUCUAAUGAAGAAGUAACAUAAAAUAUCAAUACAGAAACGUAUUUAUCAAAAUUUUAGAGCAAUUCUAGAACUAAUUCAAUUUAAAUAAUUAAGACGAAUAAUAAAUGGCAAGAACGAAUAGAAGAAUACGAAGGGAUUAUUUUAGACUCUCCUGAUGGGAGAUUAAUAAAGACUAUUUUAAAAAUUGAAUUCACAAAGAAAAAGAAAAUCAAAUAUUCUUCAAGUGAUGGAUCGAUUUAUAGAAUGUUGUAUAUGUUAAUAUUUUUGUAUAGAGAUUAAGUAAAAGACUUUUCUAAAGAUUAAGAAAUUAUGUUGAAUACAGAAUAAAUAAAAUACCUUCAGUGGGUAGGAAAUUAUGAUAAGAAUCAAAAAAAAUAUGGAAAAUGGGUUGCUAUUUGGUAAGGCCAUACUCUAUCUAAUAUUGGUGGAUUUUACAUGAAAAAUGGAGAAAAAGAAGGUUUUUGGAUGGAACUUUUUGAAUAAUUUUAGAAGUAAUUAAAAUUUUGAUAGAAAGCAAAGCUCGUGUUUUUUAGCAUGGAGAAUAUGAUAAUGGUUAGAAAAUAGGAUAUUGGAAAUAUAUUUACAGAAAUAGAGAGAUCUAAAGAGAUAUUAUGAAUAGUUGAAAAUUAGUGGUUGUGGAUCAUAUGGUAAGUAAAGUAAAAAAUUUGGAAAGUG